AACACAAAAUGCUAAUAUUUUUUUGUUGGGAGUCCAAAAUAUUAUGUUGACGUGUUUUGCGCAACAAAAGCGAAAGUUGAUCUCGAGUAGUGGGCGGGGCCAGCGGUUGAUUGAUGAUAAGAUUUAUGGCGUGGAUCGCAGCGGGUGAAAGAGGAUGACUCACUCCGUCUGUUGAGAUGUUUCACCCCGCGACAGCUCGGCAGUGCGGCGGAGCAGCUCGACAUGUCGCUUUUUGCUCCGUACAACAACAAGACAAACUUUGAUAAAUAGUUGCCUGGACCUCAAAUACACAGUUUACUUAGGCGUCUGAGAGUCUACAAGUUAGGGAGAGAAAGGCCGUCGUGAUUUACCGUCAUUUCCCCGUCCCACUGGUUUCCAUGGAAACAAUGCUGCUGUGCGUCUUGGCAUUUUAAUCUCUAAACCUGUUGGAUAUCUCAAGUCUCUUUUUUUGUCUUUAAUUUGACCAAAACGCAAGCAAAAUAAGCCGGCAAACAUGGCAGAGCCUCAAUCGGAGAAAAGAUUCCACAACUUGACCUUGCAGCAACUCCAGGCUCUGGACCAAAUCCUGACCGAGGUCAUUCCCAUCCAAGGACGCGGGAAUUUCCCCACAUUGCAGGUGAGAGCCAAAGACUUAAUCCGCGUGGUAAAGGAUCGACUCGUGGAACGAAAGAUCCUCGUUAAAGAUAUCCGCCUGAAUGGAGCAACUGCCAGCCAUGUUCUGGUGAAGGACAAUGGCCUGGGUGUCAGAGAUUUAGACAUCAUUUUCAGAGUGGAGUUACCGAGGCAGGAGGACUUCCAGGUAAUUAAAGAGGUGGUCCUGGGCAGCCUGAGAGACCUUCUUCCAAGCGGAGUGAAAAGAAGUAAGAUCACCUGCCUCACUAUGAAGGAAGCGUACGUGCAAAAGAUGGUGAAAGUUUUCACCGAGCAGGAUAGAUGGAGCCUCAUCGCUCUGUCCAACAACCGAGCCAGAACCGUCGGGCUGAGAUUUGUUAGCACGCUUCGCAGACAGUUCGAGUUCAGCGUGGACUCCUUCCAGAUCAUUCUAGACCGUGUGCUGCAGUCCUACUGGGAGACUGACAGGAGGCAAAGGUGCAAUUUGUCUUUGGAUGCUCAGAACUUGGGAAAAAGAGAAGAGAGUGAGGAGCAAGCAGAGUCUAAGAUGGCUUCCUGCGGAGAGAUUCCACAUGGGCAUGAAGAUGUUACGGAAAAGGAGCCUCCUCAUGCAGAGAAGGUUGAGUUAGCGUCCGACGACGUCAACUCCAAUCAGGAAGAGGAGGAUGUUGUUUGUGAGCCUUUUUGCAAAGAUGAUCCUGUAGUUUCACCUCCUUUACCCUCAAAUGCCGAGAAGGUUCAAGAGGAGACCUCUCAACCGAUCAUGGCGCAGGAUUGUCUCCAGGUCACCACCCAGCUAGAGUCCAGUCUUGAGUUCUCUUCUCCUCCCCCAGCAAAGAAAACCUGCAGCACGUCACAGGAUGUCGUCCCAGACUACUGUCCUUCGCCCAAACUUCAGCGGAAAAUGUCCCGCAAGAUGAUUUGCACCCCUGAGAGAUGGUCUUUACUGACCGACGUCUCUGAUAUGACCACUCAGAUGUUCACGCCCAUCCAGAUACCACCUCAGCCGAAGCCUCCUGUACAUAAAGAGGCUGCCUCACAGGAGAGUUUCGCAGACCCUGAGACAAAUCAAGCUGUUGAACCGACCGUGAAACACAAGGAACCUCCAGAUGGCAACCUUGUAAAUGUAGGAUGCACACAGCAGGAGCAGGAAGAAGCCCCUCCAUUGAGCUCAUGGGGGUCCAGCAUGGCGGUGGAGGCAGAGUGCAUGUACGGAGACUUUGGCCAGGCAAUAGAGCACCUGCGCCACCGCCUGAUCUCCACGCACAAUCCCGAGGAGAUUCGAGGAGGAGGCCUGCUGAAGUACAGCGACCUCCUGGUGAGGAACUUCCGCCCGGCAAGCGAGAAUGAGAUCAAGUCCUUAGAGAGGUACAUGUGCUCCCGCUUCUUCAUCGACUUCUCUGACGUGGGCGAGCAGCAGCGCAAGAUCGAGGCCUACCUGCAGUAUCACUUCACGGGCAGCGAGGAGAGCAGCAGGUACGACUACCUGAUGACGCUGCGGCGCGUCAUCGACGAGAGCACCGUGUGCCUGAUGGGCCACGAGAGGAGGCAGACACUCAACAUGAUCACCGUCCUGGCUCUGAGGGUGCUGGGGGAGCAGAACGCCAUCCCCAACGCUGCCAACGUCACGUGCUUCUACCAGCCCGCGCCUUACUUGAGUGAGCCCAUUUACGGCAGCUACUUUGUCACGCCGCCGCAGCCGCCGCUCAUUUACCACCCCUACCCGGUGCACGUGCACAUGCAGAGCGGCGUGGUGUAGCCGCGGCCACGUGCCCCCAGGGAGGCAGCUUUUUUUUCAAUGCGGGCCUUCACUUGGCACUGCUUUUGACAAGAAGAGGGACCGUCAGGCACGGUGUCCUUUCAGGCUUUGACAUCGCCAGGACUGAGCGAAGUCUUUUGGACAUGAAACGUCAACAAGGACGACAAGUGCACAGGAGAAGUUUGCAUGGACUUACGAACACGGGGAAGUGUUAUCAUCGUAGGGUGAUGAAUAAUCAUGAAACAUCAACACGGUUAUGUGCAUCACAACUUGUCAGCAUGUUGUAUCACACAGUGUGGAUAUUUAACUCAUUUGAUCUGUAAGUGUAACUGUAAGCAGUGUGUGUGUGUGUGUAUAGGGCUGCAAAAUUCCAGGAAAAUUUAACGUUUCCAUGGGAAUGUGUAGGAAAUCAACUGGAAAUUAGACAAACUGCAUGUGUCUCAAUUUAUUGCAGUCAUGUCGCCGCCAAUGGAGAUUUUUUUUUCCACUCCCCACACCUUCCCUUAAUUGAAAUACUGUUAAGAACCUGAUAAUAUGCAUAUAUGUAAACCACAUUUUAAUGUCUUUUUUGUUAGUGUUAUUCAACAGUGAUCAUUAUAAAACACUGGUGGCGUAUCCAUCCGACAUGUUGUGUUUGGGGCCAAGAUGGCUGUUAAUGGAUCACGCUUUGCUUUAAUUGAUAAGUCAUAGAAAUGUAAUAAUAUGAAAAUUACAUACCAAGGCUAUUGUGACCAAAAUUAUCACGGUAUUGUUGGAUAUUCCCAAAAAGUAGAAAUUAUCGAAACCAAGUUUUAUUAAAAAAAAAUAUACAUACAUAUACACAUACAGUCGUGGUCAAAGGUUAUGAAUUUGUUUCUUCAGCAUUGUCCACACGUUUAAGUAAGAACUUUGGGAAGGCCAUUCUAAAACCUUAAUUCUAGCCUGAUUUAGCCAUUCCUUGACCACUUUUGACGUGUGUUUGGGGUCAUUGUCCUGUUGGAACACCCAACUGCGCCCAAGACCCAACCUCCGGGCUGAUGACUUUAGGUUGUUCUGAAGAAUUUGGAGGUAAUCCUUCUUUUUCAUUGUCCCAUUUACUCUCUGUAAAGCACCAGUUCCAUUGGCAGCAAACCAGGCCCAGAGCAUAAUACUACCAUGCUGAAGAAAAAAGUCCAUGUCAGAAAACCAACAAAUUUAGCUGAAUUUCACCAAUUUUGUCAAAGGAGUGGUCAAAAAUUAAACCAGAAGCUUGUGGAUGGCUACCAAAAGCGCCUUAUUGCAGUGAAACUUGCCAAGGGACCUGUAACUAAAUAUUAACAUUGCUGUAUGUAUACUUUUGACCCAGAAGAUUUGGUCACAUUUUCAGUAGACCCAUAAUAAAUUCAUAAAAGAACCCAACUUCAUGAAUAUUUUUUGUGACCAACAAGUAUGUGCUCCAAUCACUCUAUCGCAAAAAAAAUAAGAGUUGUAGAAAUUAUGUUCUUUACAAAUGUAUGUAAACUUCUGACCACGACUGUAUAUACAUGUACAUAUAUACAUAUUUUUUCAUCUGUUUGUCUUAUUUCGUCAUGACUUAUAAAGGUUUUAAAUGAUCGAGGAAAACGUGUGUUGUCUUGUCACGUCCGAUUUUGCAACGUAAUGCAAAUUAGCUUCUGGUUGUAGUCACCGUGUAUUCGUGAAAUAUUCGUUAGUGCACACAGCGAUCACUUUACUAAGGGAGCAUGGGGGUUCAAUGAAAACAAUUGAAUAACUUAGUUGAUCGGACAGAAAUACAUUUAUACAAGUUUGGAUUUAGGAAUGUCGUUUGUAAUGAGGAAAGAUGAUGAUGUCUCUUUUAUUCAUGUUAGCAUUUAAGCUAGCUAGCACUAACUCUCUUCUACAAUAAAUGAGCAAGUCCGUGAGUUUUAAGAUACAUUUUUUUUAAACAAAUAUUAACCGUCGAGCAUUUUACUGUGGUUCAUCAUUAUACCGUUUUAUCGUUACAUUCACCUUAAGUCAUUUGGGUGGACAGAACAUUUACAUAAACAAAUAAUUCUCAUUUAUAAUCUGUCUUGCCUCUUUUGCCAAGGACAGCCAUUUCCACGCCCCCCUGAAUCGAUAGUAUAUAACAAUAUUAAUAACCUGCUAUUUUUUAUAUGUGCAAACCAUUGUAUGGGUUGCAAAUAACCAGCUCAUAAAUGAAUAAAAUGAGCCGAGUUACGUUUAUUCAUUCAAAGGACCCAUAGCGUAAAGGACCCUAGAUUUUCCUGAAAUGAGUCUGGCAGUUAUAUCCCAUAAUAUCAAUUAGUUGUUAAGUAAUCGGUAGAUAUUCGAAAAAUAUGUUGGUACUCAGUUGUAAUACACUUUUCCACCACUUGUGGCAGUAAUGACAAUCUCAAACAAACAGAAGAAGUCUGGAGAUAAAGUCAUAGAUAAGUUUCGUAGGUGCAAAAAUGAUGACUGAAGUUAAGACUUACGCUUUGAUAGUUAUUUUAAGGAACAUAUUGUUCAUUAUAAAUUUUCUUGAAAUGUGUUUUAGCACUGUGUAAUUGUAUGUAGAUUUAUUUCUCGUCAGUUUUUAUGAGUACCUCCUUUUGCAGGAUAUUUGAUCAUUAUUUAUUUUGUAAUCAGCCUGACCUAAGUCUUGAUAAAUAAUCUUUGCGAUUAUCACAUGGUUUCAUAUCAUUUAACAAGGUUUAUCAUGUUUAACUAUAAGUAGGUUAGAUAUUUUAUUGAAUACCAUUCAAAUAAAGAGUAAGAUUAAUUAAUAAUUACCAAUUGAGUGUUCCUAUUUGGGUGGGAUCCGGGCCCCACUGUAGUGGAAAAGUUAAAAGAUAAAGAACCCCUGCUUUACAGAACUGGGGCCCAUUUUCCUGUAUAAACAGCCAUGAUUACUUCAAAACUGAUUAACUGGUGAACAUUAUGAGCAAAAAAAAGAAUUGCCACUUCCAUAGACAACAUAGCAUAGCCUGUGUUUUCUAAUGUUUAUUUCAGCAUUCCCUUAAGCAUCUUGAGGAAAACAUCAGUAGAAGAGGACGCACAAUGGUAUACUUGCUGCUUACUUUAUUUUUUAUCUCGUUUUUGAGGGCUGGCUCUGCACUUUUUCCGUUCCACAGAUUAUGACCUUCGAGGCUGCUCCUAAUUUUCAGAAUCGCAUUUGGCUUGAGUCUUUUACAUUUUUUCCAUCAAAACACCAACCAAAGCCCGUCUUCUCUGAAGUCCGAAAAAUUAAAAUCAUUCUGCUUGUUUUUUUUAUUGGCAGUAUAUAAAAAUAACAUAAAUUAUUCAAUAAUACAACACUUUUAUGUCAUUUAUAACUCAAAGCUAUAAUGUGGAAGUUUUUUUUCAGAUAGCUUAGCAUACGUUGACCUACAUUGGAUUAGCUUUAGCAUCUUUAGUGCACAAAAUGUAUGAAAGUGGCCUCCCUCAUCUUUCAAUUUUUAAAUGUUUAUUUUUAUACUGUGUUUCUAAUGACAAUACUUUAAUAAACUGCUUUCAUAAUAUAAUUUUUCGUCAUUUGCAUACUAAAUAGUAAUUUGAUAAACACAGUAGGUGAACAUGGGUGGAAAAUGUGCCCUUAUAACUCUUUCAAAAUAAACUUCAAUAUUUUUUUCCCAACUCCAAAUCUGAUAAUACACAUUUUAAACUACUAAAAAUCAAUUGGUUACACUUCUUUAUGGUACUGCUCAAUACAUACAAAAUACAAACUGGAAUCUUCAGAUGCUUUUUACGAGUCCUUUUUGUUUUUUACUGCAGCAUUCCACCUAAAUGUUGGAACAUCUAAAACGUAUUUUAGUUGACGAAUCACAUUUUUACUCAUGUAAUGAACACAAUGGCUGCAUUCAUUAGUAAUGGACUAUUGGUGAUAUGAUAUCCCUAAUAAUAUUAUUAAUAAUAAUAGUAAUGUAUAGCAUUAGAUGUGUUUUGUUUUGCUGCAUAACUAAUAUGGGCGCUCAUCAAUACUAAAUAUAGAAUGAAAAAGGUAGAGCUGUCUAAUAGGAGGUGAAUUUGCAGCAAUGUGGAUAUUGUUUGUAGCAGUGGACUUAGUGAGUGCCACUAAAUGUUCAAUUAUUCAAAUGUUUGUGUGUGUACAGUAUAGGUGUGCAUUGAUUAAAGUACACACUCACUGGCCACAACGUUAGCUACGCCUACAAAAUCUAAUGCAUGUUAGAUAACGAUAAGUGUGACUAAAAUCGGAUUAUCAAAUCAUUAAAUUGUGCCGACGCUGCUAAUGUUGUGGCUGCUGAGCAAAAACAACAAUAAAAUCAAGCACAGGUAAAACACACCUUUGUCUGAGAUUGAAGCACACAUUCCUUGCACUUACAGUAGAUGUCCGUUGUUGACUUAUGCUUGUGAUGCUCAGAUGUGAUAUUGAAGUACGUAAGUCAUAAUGUGUACAAUAUUACAUGUAAUGUGGGUUUUCCAAAUAAUUGAUAUUAAUGACAAGUAUUGUCACUGUAACAAUGCAUUAUAUUGAUGUUGGCUAUGCUGUGCAAUCACUACAGUAAAAAUACAU